AUGUCAAGCCCCGCGCAGCACAAUCUCAUUGAUCGCAUCGCGGCGUGGGACGCCGCCACGCCUCACGAGUCCCUCAUUGCCGACUCCGUUGAGGACGCGUUUGAGUUGCUGGCACCGUCAGUGAACGGCCCGCUGGUGGCACGUCUCGUCCCGCUGCACGCCGACGCUGCUGCUGAGCACCUCUUAGUGGUCGAUAUUUGCCGCGACAGUGGCUGCAUCACUUUGGGGCGCUCGAGGGAACUCGUGGUGGAGUGCCGCGUUGACGUGGCGCGGGUGUCGGGGCGCCACUGCGAGCUGCGCGUCGAUCCUGUCACGCGACAGGUGACGAUACGUGACCUCUCGACCAACGGCACGUACGUCAAUGGAAAGCGACUCGAAAAGGGUGUGGAAGUCGAGUUGGAGUCCGGUGAUCAUGUCUUCCUCACGAAGCCGGGGGAGGCAGACACAGUGGGAGCCGCAGCCGCUGAGUAUAUGUUUCAGCGAGUCAGCAGUGCGACAUCUGUCGGCAAUAUGGAAGAGGAGCUUACCUGCUCAGUAUGCAAGUCUCUCUACCUUCGCCCGUGCAGCAUGCUUCCGUGCAUGCACGUGUUUUGCGCCGCCUGUAUCAGCAAAUGGCUGGCGGAUGGAAACACGACGUGCUUUGAGUGCCGUGCCGAGGUAACAGAGGUGCGCCCCACGCACAAAAUACAAAGCUGUGUGGAACAGCUGCUCAAGGCGAAGCCGCACUUGGGCCGCACCGCCGAGGAGCAGGCCGAGUGUGCGGCAGCUGACAGCAUUCCGCCUACCGGCAGGAAGCUGCGAAAGCGGUUCCGUAAUGAUGAUUACAUCGACGAGGAAUCCAGCGGUGGAAGUAACAACAGUUUCGCGCUGUCCGAUGAGGAGGGCGUGCAUGCACCUCCACAGUACAACAGGAGCGCGUACGGCCACCCGCGGCCCACCGGCCCGUGCAGACACUGCGAGACUGCUUCCGCCGUCGACAGCUACCGCUGCCCUGACGGUGGCCUGCAUCAGGUGUGUUCGCAGUGUCGCCGCCUCUUUCCGCAGCGGCCACUGUGCCCUCGGCCGCAACGCUGCCAGCUCUGCAGCGUCCCGUACUGUAACUUGUACUAUGAAGAAGAGGGGGGUUGUCACUCUAGCAACGAUUGCGGCCUUAUACACUUGCGUCGCUACCAUGCACCCUCCUCGUUGCCUGAAAAAACGUUUGGUGGCAAUAGUGUGGAGCAGAGCAUCCUUUCCAACUAUCUAACUGCUAGGGGCAUUCAAGUUGAGGCGGUGUGGAAAGAGUGCAUGGAAAAACUAGAAUCGGGAGAGUGGAUUCCAGACAUAACCUGUGUUAGUGGACAACUAACAGUAGACUCUGCAUUGUGCGAAAAUUGUAUGCAAACGGUCUUCGCAUCGCUACUGUUCCACUACCGGCGGGCGGUGCCUAGUAGUGAACUUCCCGAGACUGUCAGGAACCGACCGAACUGCUGGUAUGGCAUAAACUGCCGCACUCAGUUCCACAAGAUGCAACACGCGAAUAACUACAGUCAUGUGUGCUACCAAGAAAAGCGAAAAGAGUAA